AUGGGUAUGUUCAAUUUAUUCAAGAGACGAGCGUCGGUAUCAAUUACUAAUGAACAGCCACUGAGUGAUAUAGGUGUUGCAUUAUGGUUAUGUCCUCGGACAAAUACUCAACUCUAUGAUAAAUUAACCACAUUGAUGAGUUCAUUAAAUACAUUAUUUCCGGGUCAACCACCUAAAUUUGAACCUCAUAUUACCAUCACCAGUAACAUUGUUAUAGAUCUAGACGAUCAAUCAAAUACAAGAGAAACAGUUGAUAGAAUAUUGUCAGCAAGUGCAACUGCUCUCAAUUCUUUACCAAAUAAUCAUAAACAAUUAGUUAGUUUGGGGAAAAUAAAAUCACAACGGAAAUUCUUUAAGAAGCUUUAUUUUCAAGUUGAAAAGGAUCCUAAUUUGGUUUCAUUGGCUAGAAUUAUUCGUGAAUUAUUCGUUAUAGUACCCACAGAUAUUGAAGAAGAGAAUAUUAGACAAAAUCCUCAUCUAUAUACUAAAAAUGAUGAAGGCAAAACUGUCAAAAGGAAACCUUCCAAGCAUAAGGGUGGAACAUCUCCACCCCCGACAGCGGUAAAAGAGUUCGAUACCACGUUAAUUCAACAAAUGGCAACCGAAAAAGCUGCCGAAUGGUCCCAAACCGAAUUUGAUCCUCAUUUAUCAUUAGUAUACAGCGACAUGCAUCCAAUUGAUAAUGCAUUAUGGAUGACUAUCAAGACUAGAAUACAAGAUUAUUUGAAUGUUUCAAGUGAAGAAUUGGAGACGGAAGGGGUCAAUCUUGGUUGGGAUGGUGGUGUUUUAAAAUUGGUAUUGUGUGAAGGGAACGUUAAUGAAUGGAUAACUUUAGGUAGUGUUGAUUUACAUUGA